GUGCAGAGAGCUGCGCGCGCGGUCCCCGAGCGAGCGCGUACUGUCUUUCAGCGCGGAGUCUGCGGUUCCCCGGUCCAGCCCUCCAGCCUCUGCGUGGCCUGCGCCCGGUUCUCUGCACCCCAGAAUCCCAGCCCGGCCGCCCCAGCUUCCCGGACCCCUGCGCCGGAGACCUCCCUCUCCAGGACCAGCUCCGUAGGCCGCCCGCCGCGCGCCGCCAUGGGGGUGGAGGGCUGCACCAAGUGCAUCAAAUACCUGCUCUUCGUCUUUAAUUUCGUCUUCUGGCUGGCCGGAGGCGUCAUCCUGGGCGUGGCCCUGUGGCUACGCCAUGACCCUCAGACCACCAGCCUGCUGUACCUGGAGCUGGGAGACAGGCCGGCACCCAGUACUUUCUAUGUGGGCAUCUACAUCCUCAUCGCUGUGGGAGCCGUGAUGAUGUUUGUGGGCUUCCUGGGAUGCUAUGGGGCCAUCCAGGAGUCCCAGUGCCUGCUGGGGACGUUCUUCACCUGCCUUGUGAUCCUGUUUGCCUGUGAGGUGGCUGCUGGCAUCUGGGGUUUCGUAAACAAAGACCAGAUCGCCAAGGACGUGAAGCAGUUCUACGACCAGGCCCUUCAGCAGGCCGUGGUGGACGAUGACGCCAAUAAUGCCAAGGCUGUGGUGAAGACCUUCCAUGAGACACUCAGCUGCUGUGGCUCCAACACGCUGACCACACUGGUCACCUCGGCACUGACGAGCAACUUGUGUCCCUCAGGCAGCACCAUAAUCACCAACUUAAAUCAGGAUUGCCACCAGAAGAUCGAUGAGCUCUUCUCUGGGAAGCUGUACCUCAUCGGCAUCGCAGCCAUCGUGGUGGCUGUCAUCAUGAUCUUCGAGAUGAUUCUGAGCAUGGUGCUAUGCUGUGGCAUCAGGAACAGCUCCGUGUACUGAGGCCCUGUACUUCAGGUCACAGGGACCCUACAGUGCCCCAAGACUGCCUAGAGGCCACCUUGGGGGCCAAGGCCUGUGUAUAUAUUUCUGUAUUACUCUGCUACACUUAGCCUUUUUACUUUUGAGGUUUGUUUUUGUUCUGAACUUUUUUAGUUACCUUUUGAGGCCCAAUGUCACAUAGACACGUGUGUGGGUGGAGCUGGCCUUGGCCUUGGUGACUGUGCUCUGAGACCCCUGGGGAGCUCCAUCUGCUGAGCCAAGCUUCCCCCACAGCCACUUGCCCAGAAGCUGUGUAGCUGAGCUGGGUGGGGGGGUCAUGCCCCCCAUCCUGUCGGUUGUACCCUCACAUCUUUUUAAUUGUCCCUCUCCUGCCCCCAUUUCAAGAGCUGGGUCCCAGCACUCUGAUGCCUUCAAUGCACCUGUCCUCUAACACGUCACCUUCAACUGUAAUUACAUCUUGAAACAGUCAUUUAAUAAAGAAGGAGAAAAUCAGGCAUGCUAAAAGA